AUGGGUGGAGCCUCUUCCAACAUUUGUUGGUUGGGCCUCUACCAUAAUAAAAAUUUUCUGAAAGAUGGACCUAGACUAGAUAAAGCAAGCUUAGAGGCAACAGUUGGAGAAGAGCUUAUUGAGGCUGUACAAGAAUUCUUUGUAACAGGAAAGAUACAUAAAGCUAUAAAUUGCACUACAGUGACUCUGAUUCCCAAAAUUGAACAUCCUUCAAAACUUUCAGAGUAUAGACUUAUUUCAUGUUGUACUGUGGUGUACAAAAUCAUUUCAAAAGUGCUCACUAAUAAAAUGCAAAAUGUGAUGGAUAGUUUAAUAGAUAAAGGGCAGUCUGCUUUUGUGCUAGGCAGAUUGAUCAAUGAUAAAAUCAUUCUGAAUUGGAUAGUACAAUGCAUAAGCACAGUGACUUACACUGUAUUGAUUAAUGGAAUUCCCAGUAAACUUUUUGAGGCAAAGAAGGGGCUAAGGCAAGGAGACUCAUUAUCCCCUUAUCUCUUUGUAUUAGCCAUGGAGUAUUUCACAAGAUUAUUGAAACAACUGAAAAAGUCUCCAAGGGAACUCACAUCUGUCAAACAAGUAUAUGAUCUCUUUAAAGUAUUUUCAGUCGCCUCAGGACUGGAAGCAAAUAUAGAUAAAAAUUCCAUUUAUUUUGGAGGAGUGUCAACUGAAAUGCAGCUGGUCAUAAUGCAGGAUCUAGGAUUUUCACAAGAACUUUUUUAUGGAUUGGAGGGGCAUAUACUUCAAAGAAAGCAUUGGUUGGAUCAACUGUGCAAGCCACAAACUGCAGGGGGAUUGACUAUAGUAAGUAUCCAAGAGUGGAACAAGGCAGCCAUCUGCAAGCUUUUGUGGAAUCUGAACAAGAAAAAAGACAAGUUAUGGGUCCAAUGGGUGCACAUGUACUAUGGGAAACAAGGGACAAUGUGGAAUAUCCAAGCAAACCAGGCCUCAUGGAUGGUGAGGAAGAUCUUACAAACUCAUAGAGUCUUGGAGGUUGUGGGAUGGAAUGAACCACAAGUGAUACAAAUGGAAAAGUUCUCGAUUAAAAAGUUGUACCAAUUAUUGAGAGGGGAAUACCCAAAAGUAGAAUGGAGAAAGCUGGUAUGCAAUACUUAUGCAUGCCCAAAAUGGAGCUUUAUUUUAUUCCUAACAUUGCAUGAGAGGUUACUGACAAAAGCCAGACUGAUUACCUGGGGUAGUGUGGAGGACAACAGAUGUAUAUUGUGUAAUGAUGGAAAUAAGGACAUUGAACACCUCUUCUUCAGUUGUUACUACUCAGGCAAGAUUUGGCAAAAAGUCUUAAGGUGGCAAGCUAUUCAAAAGCAGACAUCAGGGUGGAAUGAGGAACAAAGAUGGGCGCAAGAUCAUUAUAAAGGAAAGCUACCAGAAGCUGAAAUAUUUCGCCUAACACUUGCAGCAAAUGUAUAUUACAUUUGGCAGGAGAGAAACCAGAGGAUAUUUCAGAAGAAGAAUAGAAGUUGUGAUGAGUUAGUCAGGAGGAUUAUCCAAGAAGUUCACAUAAAAGGAGGAAUGAAGCCAAAACUAAACAUGAAAUUACAGAUGUUAGAUUGGUACCCUGUAUAA